AUGACCGCCAGAAAACUGAACUUUGGCGCUGGGCCAGCCAAAUUGCCCGAAUCUGUAGGUUUUUGAGCUCUAGCUGGAGGUUUUUAAUUUUUGGCUAGUUUUUAGAGCAAAAAAAUUUAAAUUUUUUUGAUCUUUCAACGAUCUUUAGGUAGAUUUGAAUUUUUUAACACAUUUUUUCAAAAGUUUAAUUGAAUUUUUGAUAUUUGAAUUUAUUUUUUACUUUAUGUUCUGUUUAGGAGCGGGCAAAUUGAAAAAAAAUCAAUUUUAGGUAAAAUUUUUUUUUAAUUUUCCAAAUUAGGUGUUAUUUCUUUAUUUCAAAGCUUUAACACAUUAAAAAUGAUAUUUGUAACUUUUAAAGUAUUUUUCGUAUCAAAAAGAAUAUUUUAGGUAACAUGUAUAUAUAAUAUUUACAUUUAUGUAACAAUUUGAUCUUUUAUUCAUAGUUUAGGUAUUAGAACAUGCUCAAAAGGAACUUUUCGACUUCAAUGGACUUGGUUUGAGUGUAUUGGGUAAGAAGAUACUUUUUUUAGGUAUAAACGUUAUGUUUAAUAUAGUUUUAAGUGUUAACAUUGGGUAACGUAUAUUGUUUUAAAUGCCAAUUUCUUACAGAAAUAAGCCACAGAAGUCCUGAAUUCAAAAAGAUCAUUGGAGAUGCCGGAACGCUUCUUCGUGAGUUACUGUAAGUUAUUCUCUUUGGUUUUUAUUAUGGUUAAGCAUAUUUAAAGCUUUUUGACUUAUAAGUUUGGGUAACAUACGAUCCUGACCUUGUGCCAGUUUUGUGCUAACAUAAUAUUUUCUGCACCUUGUAGCUCGAUUCCUGACAACUACGAAGUCUUGUUCAUGCACGGUGGUGGAAGUGGUCAAUUUGCAGCGAUACCCCUUAAUCUUCGAUCAUUAUCUACAACGACACCCCCAUCUGCUGAUUACCUGAUAACUGGAGCGUGGAGUCAGAAGGCAGCCAAAGAAGCCGAAAAGUACAUUCAUGUAAACAAAGUUUCUUCGUGCAGCUCUCACGAUACGAUUCCGCCCGCUUCUGAAUGGAAGACUAGUACUGAAGCCGCUUAUUUGUGGUACUGUGCUAAUGAAACGAUUCAUGGAGUUGAGUUUAAAGAUACUCCAGAAGUGCCUGAAGGCGUGAAUUUGGUGGCUGACAUCAGUUCCAACAUUCUCAGUAGUCCUAUCGAUGUGGCCAAGGUAAGAGUUGUUAAGGUGUUGAAUUUUAUUUUAAAAGUAGGGUCAGAUGUUAUAGGUCGUUAAAAGUAUUAUAUAUGCUCUGUAUAUUUUGGAUCAACACUUGAAUUUAAAUUUAAUUUAACUAAUACUACCCUAUUUAGCACGCUGCAAUCAUAGCCGGAACUCAGAAGAAUCUCGGAAUCGGAGGUCUGACGAUCGUCAUAAUUCGUCGUGAUCUGAUCGGCCGACACGACCCUCAAACUCCAGGAAUUUUGAACUACGCUGAUAUCCACAAGAAUGAAUCUCUGUACAAUACUCCUUGUGUUUUCGCGUAAGUGUCAGUACUUAUUGCCCUAAUAUUUCAAUACAUUUAUGACAUCCAGUUGUCGUCAACGUAUUUUAUACUAUAGUAGAUCUUCAAGGCUGAAUUUAUUGUGCUAAAGCAAUACAUAUUGUAACAAAAUAUCUAACAUAUCUACUAAUUGGACCAUAAUUGAAUAUUCACAGUGUAUACAUAACAAAACUAGUUCUGGAAUGGAUCAAGAACAAUGGCGGUCUGGAAGAGAUGUCAAACGACGCUGAAUACAAAUCCAGCUUGAUCUACGACAUUAUCGACCAUUCGAAUGGCUUCUACACUUCACCAGUUCAAAAAAGCGUCAGAAGCAGAAUGAACAUUCCUUUCAGAAUCAAGGGGAACGAUGAGAAGUUGGAAGAAAAGUUUUUGGCCGAAGCCAAGGCCAAAGGAAUGAUCGCUUUGAAGGGGCAUCGGUAAGAUAAUAUAAAGUUUUCGCAUUGAUCGAGUUUUAUAUUAUAAACUUUCUUGCGUAUGUUGUAGUAGGUAACUCUUAACCAAUAUUGUUGUAGUACACGAUAUAAAAUGUAGCUUAAAAAUACUGUAAUUUCAGAUCGGUUGGAGGUAUCAGAGCAUCGCUUUACAACGCAAUUACAAAAAAGGAGGCAGAAACUUUGGCUAGCUUUAUGAAGGAAUUCCAGUCAAAAAAUUAA